ACCGUAAUUCAAAAAAUGGCGGAAAACGCAGCCAAUUUCACCCUCACUUCGCAAAACAAACCCUCGAUUUUCGAAAUAAUCGCGUCAAAGUCACUCAACGACACCCUCCACCCGGCACUGCAGAAAAUCGCGCUGUUUUUGGCCACUAAUUGCCCCCAGAAAUUCAACUGGUUGGGCAAAUACUACGACGAAGUUUUUCUUUUAUUGAAUUGUGGCCUCCAGUACGGCUACCUGCGCAAUUACGACGCCACGUUUUCGGAGAAUUUCUACGGCUUGAAGCGUGUCCUCGACUCUGGUAAUCAAUUGACGAGUCACCACCGUCGCAUUUCCUUGUUAUUUUGCGUGUUUUUGCCGUAUUUCAAACGGAAAUUGGACGAAAAGGUGGCUCUGUAUCGCUUGGAAAACGCCGACGGUUGUUUGCGUAAUAAUUUCGAGGGCCGGUUCAAAAAACUGUUAAUUUUGUCCCACUCCACGUUUGAGAUAACAUGGGGGCUGCUCACAGUUUACAAUUAUAUUAAAUACAUGUCGCAACAAACCGAAGCUCAAUUGCCGAUUCUUCAAUUGAUUGAUGUCAAGUUGGCGUAUUCGGAGCCACUUCCACCUGAGCCAAGUUUCUGGUCGCUUUUAUUCAAAGGGCAUUUGGCGGAUUUGUGGCAAUUGAAUAUUUUGAAAAACGCGGUUACAAGUACCUUCGAGUUUGGGGCGUUUUUCUUGCAGUUUUUGCAAGCCUGGAGCGCUCACCAGAAUUAUAGUGUGACGGCGCUGCCAACUGUUAAACCACCAAUGCUCGAUGGGAAAGCCCGAAAUUAUCACAAUAAAUGUCCGAUUUGUUUACAAUUUUGGAAAAUACCGACUGUUCUUCCUGUUUCCGGAUACGUGUUUUGCUUUCCUUGCAUUUUGCGGUAUUUGAGGGACAACCAGAAGUGUCCGGUUACGAAUCUUCCCGCCAAACCGCUGGAUAUCGUUAGGAUAUAUGAUAAUGAAUAAAAGACGUUGUAGUUGAGAAUUUUUUAUUGAAAUAAACAUGCAAUUGUGAAAACAACAAAAA